AGUGUCCGCAUCAGCUGUGAACCCCGCACUGCAGACAUGAGGGCCGCCCUGGUACUCGUCUCGGCACUGGCCAUCAUUGUGGUCGCCGCUGCGGAAGAGAAGUACACCACCAAGUACGACAACGUCAACCUGGACGAAAUCCUCGCCAACGACCGCCUGCUCAACAAGUACGCCCAGUGCCUGCUGGAGAACGACGAAAACAACUGUACAGCCGACGGGAAGGAGCUCAAGAGUGUCAUACCCGACGCGUUGAGCAACGAGUGCGCCAAGUGCAACGAGAAGCAGAAGGAGGGCACCAAGAAGGUGCUGAAGCACCUCAUCAACCACAAGCCCGACAUCUGGGCGCAGCUCAAGGCCAAGUACGACCCCGACGGCACCUACAGCAAGAAGUACGAGGACAGGGAGAAGGAGCUCCACCAAUAAGCACUGUACUCUCGCGUUUCCGCUGAAUAAAUAUUCUGUCGAAAUAAACUAUGUUCUGUAAC